AUGCUCCGCUCAGCGCUCACUUCUGCCUCUCGGUCAGCUCUUUCGCGUCCGGCCACCACACUCGCCCCCGAGGCAUUCUCCAAGGUCUCCCAACGGCCUACAACCAAGUAUGGCGGCAUCUACACCGUCACCCUCAUUCCUGGUGACGGUAUCGGCGCAGAAAUUACCGACUCGGUGAAGGAAAUUUUCGAGCACGUCAAUGCACCUAUCGAAUGGGAGCAAUACGAUGUCUCUGGAAUGUCCUCGUCGGGCGAGGCACUAUUCAAGCAGGCUAUGGAUAGUUUGAAGCGUAACAGAGUAGGAUUGAAGGGGAUUCUUUUUACUCCCAUUUCACAGUCAGGUCACAUUUCUUGGAAUGUUGCGAUGCGCCAGCAGCUCGACAUCUACGCCUCAGUUGUCCUUUGCAAAUCGUUGCCAGGAUUCUCGACGCGUCAUUCCAACGUGGAUUUUGCUAUCAUCCGUGAAAACACUGAGGGCGAGUACUCAGGUCUCGAACAUCAGAGCUACCCUGGCGUUGUAGAGAGUUUGAAGGUGUCAACUCGGGCAAAAGCGGAGCGUAUCGCUCGUUUCGCAUUCGAUUUCGCAUUAAAAAACAACCGCAAGAAAGUCACUUGCGUCCACAAGGCAAACAUCAUGAAGCUUGGUGAUGGUUUGUUCCUCAACACGUUCCGCCGCGUCGCAGAAGAGUACAAGUCUGCUGGUAUCGAGUCUAACGACAUGAUUGUCGAUAACACAUCAAUGCAGCUGGUGGCCAAACCACAGCAAUUCGAUGUCAUGGUCAUGCCCAACUUGUACGGGGCGAUUGUCUCGAACAUCGGAGCUGCUUUAGUUGGUGGGCCUGGCAUUGUCCCUGGCUGCAACAUUGGAUCUGAAUAUGCUCUGUUCGAACCUGGCUGCAGACACGUCGCUAGCGAUAUCAUGGGCACAAACCGCGCCAACCCUGCUGCUAUGAUUCUCAGUGCAACCAUGAUGUUGAGACAUUUGGGACUCGACCCACUUGCCAACCAAAUUGCGUCGGCCACCUUCGAGGUCAUCAACGCUGGAAAAGUCCGCACCGCAGACAUGGGAGGCUCCGCCACGACCUCAGAAUUCACCUCGGCGAUCAUCAAUGCUCUAUGA